AUGGUUUCAAAACCCAAGCGAGUUGCUACUGCAGCAGCAAGAAAAGCGGCUGCACGCAUGCGUGUUGCCGGAGAGAGUGCUUCCCACACCUUAGCAGCAGGUGAUUCGUCGCCUGCUGCUGUGAACAGUCCACGUGGUGAGUCACCACGUGUGAUAGGUACAUCCGCUGCGUCUGCAGCGGGUAAUGCGAAUCGUAAUCUGGAUGAGUCUGAAAUAGAGCUCAUUUAUUCUGGUCAGUCGGAUGAUGUAUCCGACUCGAAGGCGACACCUCACGCCUCCGGAUAA